GGGGGGGUGCGUGGAAGGUAAUGCCGCUGGUUGCUCAGCCGAGAGUUUGAACACAAGCGGCCCCCGAGAAGGGCGGAGGGGUGAGGAGGUGACCUGCCGCCCUCGCGUCCUCCCCGGCCGAGGCGGAGAUGCUGGAAGCAGGGGCAGUCCCUGCCUUUUCCGCGCCCCCCAUCCCCAGCUCCGUGACUCUUACCGCGGCGGGUAGCCCGGGAGCCGGCCUGCCCCCCGCGGACCUCGCCCCCCUGCCAGAGGGGAACCGGCCCGCCCGGCGAGGGAGCUCCGUGCCUCUCCCGCUCCCUGCCCUCCCUCCUCCGCGCCGUCGGCCACGUCCCUCUGCCCCGCGAUGCCUCCCAACCUCACCGGCUACUACAGCUUCGUCUCCCAGGAGAACAUGGACAAUUACCUGCGCGCUUUAGAUAUCAAUGUGGUCCUGCGAAAACUGGUUUGCCUCCUGAAGCCUGAUAAAGAGAUCAUCCACACGGGAGAUCACAUGGUCAUCCGCACGAUCACCUCCCUGCGGGACUAUGUUAUGGAUUUUGACUUGGGAGUCCAGUUUGAGGAAGACCUAGGUCCCGUGGACGGACGCAAGUGCCAGACAACCGUCUUCUGGGAGGGGGAUCAGCUGGUGUGUGAGCAGCUAGGAGAGAAGAGGAACCGAGGCUGGAGGCACUGGCUGGAGGGGGACCGGCUGCAUCUGCGCAUGACUGCCGAAGAUGAAGUCUGUGUCCAGGUUUUCCAGAAAGUGAAGUGAGACGUCCGUCCGUCGGACGGAUGCCCGGACGAGACCCUCCCUCCCGAGCGCAAACUGCCCCGAAUUGAAAACCAAACAAGACCCGAGGGAGCCGAGAGCACCCCCCACUACCCCUUCCA